UCAGCCCGCUCAGUGCUGAUAUACAGAUGGAGAGAGACGCAGGGAGAAAGUAGAAUGAGCGGACAGGAUGAGAAGGAAGCUGCUGAGUUCUGCUCCACGACAAUCAUCCUCACCCCAUCAUCUCAGUGGCCGUUUCAUCAUCCAAGCCCGAGACCAUCCGAGUCUACGGACCGAGGAAGAAGUUCGGAGUUAGAUAAUCCACUCUGGGAAUGCGCAAACCGUGGUACCCUUGCAGGAGUUGGGAAUAAUUGUCUCGUGACACCACGCUGACCAAACGUCAGCUUUCCAGGAAAGUAUUUGGACUGCCAUUGAUUUUAAAAGGUGGCAAAGAGAUGGACGCACAGAUGUCAGAUGCAGACUUCUUCUCUCCCUCCUCUCCUACUACUUCUCCCCCUCCACCCUUCCACUGUGAUUACAGCGACUGGUCUCCCUCCUUCUCCAUCAUCCCCUCCGUCUACCUGCUGGCCUUCCUGGUUGGUUGCCUUGGCAACGGCCUGGUGCUGUGGGCCUACCUAGACCGCGCUGACGCGAGGGGAACUGGAAACCUCUGUUGCUCCGGCACAGUCAGAAGCCGCCCGAGGAACAUAAACAGCGCUGGUAGAUUUGCCCCCGGCUCAUUUCCUCAGAGGAAGACAGAAGGCCGUAGAUCCUCCUCUCCCCCCUUCGCCUCCCGUCCCUCCCGCUCUCUGACAGACUCUCUCAUAGCCAGCUUGGCGUUGGCUGACCUCUGCUUCCUCGUGACCCUCCCCCUGUGGGCCGCCUACACGGCGAUGGGUUACCACUGGCCUUUCGGGCAAGCGCUCUGCCAGAUCAGCAGCUUCCUCACUGCGCUCAACAUGUACGCCAGCGUGUUCAGCCUGAGCAUGCUUAGCGUGGAGCGCUACUGGGUUCUGACUGGACGCCGGCACUCCGGCCACCAGGCCCCGCGGAGGUGGCCCGGCAGAGCUUUGUGGAUCCUCGGAGGGGUGUGGGUUCUGGCGGGGGUGCUAGCUCUCCCUGGUCUGCUGCUGCGCUCCGUCAGGGAGCUGGAGGUGGACCCUGACUCUGAUUACGAUUGGCAGCUGGAGGCGGUUCAUCCCAGUACUGAUCCUGGAUCAGUCUUCCUCUCCUGCCAAAUGGAUUACUCCAUGCUGAUGGGAGCGGAGCUGGAGGAGAGCGACCGAGAGCAGGUGGAGAUGUGGUGGGCGGCCGCGUUGAGCGUCAAAUCGACUCUCAUCGGCUUCCUGCUUCCUCUUCUCAUCUUGCUGGUCUGCUACUGCUCAUUGGCCCAGCUCCUGAGCAGACAUUUUGGGCGGGGCCCUCGUCCUGACCGCAUGCGGCAGCGAAGACUCCUCAGGGUCAUCGUCACUUUAGUGUUGGCUUUCUUUCUGUGCUGGCUGCCUCUGCAUGUUAAUAAGACUGUCUCCAUGCUGCUGGAGUUGGGUUUGGUCCCUCACUCGUGCUCUUUGGAUCAGAUUUUACUGGCGGCUCAGCCUUACGUCACGUGUUUAGCUUACCUCAACUCCUGCCUUAACCCUGUGCUGUACGCUGCGUGUGACCCGUCGUUCAGGAAGAGAUGCAGCGGCGCUCUUCUCCUGCUGUGCCGGACGAGCAGGAGAGGAGAGGGAAGGGAAGGAGCGAAGGAUGAAGGAUCGAGAACACAGGAGGACACGGCGGAUAAGACAGAGGGAGAAGACCAGAUGCUGGGGCAGGUGGGAGCCGUAAAUGAUGAGACUCCAUAAAAUGAGAAAAAUUGGAUUGUUAAAAACAAUCAACCUAAGACGAAUGCCAAAAGUGGCCUGGAUUCAGAUGCUUGAAGAAUCUGUGUUAGAGGUCAAGAUUUUUCCAAAUAAACAUCCUUAUCAAAUUCCAAUCCACAGAUUUCCCACAGAAACAAUCCACAAAAAUGUUCUCAUGUCAUCUGAUCUGUUUCUAUAUUUUGUACUAGUAAAACACUCUGAGUUGUUUACUGACUUUUCUUGCACCGUUGUUUGUAUUUCUAUUAA